CCAGUAGCUGGAGGAGUUGUGCGCGCAGACAGACAGAGCGCUGAAAGCAGCGGGGCGAAGACGAGCCGAAAACAACCAGUGAUCUGCCCGGACUGUCACUCUCACUUUUAGCGCUUGUCUCCGCCCGAACACCGGCUCGCGCCGCUGCUCCGGACCGGGUUCUGGUUCUUGUCCGGGUCCGGUCCAGCCUGCGAAAAACUCCUGGUCGUCUGAGCUGGUAUGAGCUAACCGAACAGACAUGGAAACCAAACCGUUCUUGUCACUGGGGUUCUUGAAGCCCCAAUGCUCCUUGACUCCUCCCAUGCAGCGAGGCCGGCCGGUUGACACUUGUUCCUGUUUUAGCGGAGUUUGUCCCAUCCAUCAGCGGCGUCUCUCCACAGACUCAUCGGGCCAGAUGUCGUCCUCACCCCUUGGCUCUCCAACGUCCCACCGGGGAAUGCACCCGUCUUUGCUUAGCCCGACCUCCAUGGGGCCAUCUGGCCCUCUUCACUCUCCCAUCAACACGCUGAGUUCACCCAUGAAUGGACUGACUUCACCAUUCUCUGUCAUCAGCUCACCGAUGGGCCCUCACUCCAUGACCACGCCGGGCAUGGGCUACGGCCCCAGUGUCAGUCCACAGCUGAACUCUCCGAUGAACUCAGUGAGCAGCACGGAGGACAUUAAACCCCCGCUGGGUCUGAACGGUGUGAGGAAGGUUCCCACUCAGCCGUCAGUCACGGCCCUGUCACUCACAAAGCACAUCUGCGCCAUCUGUGGUGACCGCUCCUCAGGUAAACACUAUGGAGUAUACAGCUGCGAGGGCUGCAAAGGUUUCUUCAAACGGACGGUGCGCAAGGACCUGACCUACACGUGCCGUGACAAUAAGGACUGCGUCAUUGACAAGCGCCAGAGGAACCGCUGCCAGUACUGCCGCUACCAGAAGUGCUUAGCCAUGGGCAUGAAGAGAGAAGUUUUGUUACAUGCAGCCGUUCAGGAGGAGCGCCAGAGAGCCAAAGACAAAAAUGAGAACGAGGUGGAGUCCACCAGCUGUGUCAAUGAGGAUAUGCCUGUGGAGAAGAUUCUGGAAGCUGAGCAGGCCGUGGAGCCCAAAACUGAAACCUACAUCGAGAGCAGCCCUGGUGUGCCAUCCAAUUCACCCAAUGACCCGGUAACAAAUAUUUGUCAGGCGGCAGACAAACAGCUCUUCACUCUGGUGGAGUGGGCCAAGAGGAUCCCACACUUCUCUGAGCUGCCGCUGGACGACCAGGUCAUCCUCCUACGAGCAGGUUGGAAUGAACUCCUCAUUGCAUCAUUCUCCCACCGUUCCAUAGCAGUCCGCGAUGGGAUUCUGCUGGCAACCGGACUGCAUGUCCACCGCAACAGCGCCCACAGCGCCGGAGUGGGAGCCAUCUUUGACAGAGUGCUUACAGAGCUGGUGUCCAAGAUGAGGGACAUGCAGAUGGACAAGACAGAACUAGGGUGCCUUCGAGCCAUUGUACUCUUCAACCCAGACUCGAAAGGUUUGUCCAACCCAAGUGAGGUAGAAGCUCUGCGAGAGAAAGUCUACGCAUCUUUAGAGGCGUACUGCAAACAGAAAUACCCCGAGCAACCCGGCAGGUUUGCAAAGCUGUUGCUACGGUUACCAGCCCUGCGCUCCAUCGGACUGAAAUGUCUGGAGCACUUGUUCUUCUUCAAGCUCAUAGGUGACACGCCCAUCGACACCUUCCUCAUGGAGAUGCUAGAAGCACCCCAUCAAAUGACAUAAUAGUGGACUGGCUGCAGGCCUGCUCCCUGUCUCCUCCUACAUCUGCCACCACCAGCCCCGAAUCAGCAACAGGAUCCUUAAAAAGUUCCAGAUGAUUUUUUUUUUAUCUUCUUUUUUUGAAGGAGACCUUCUCCCUCCCUCCCUUUCUCCCAGUUUUCCCAUCAUCUCCCUAUGAUACUUUUCAAAACAAUGAAUUCAUCAUGUCUAUGGAUCUGUUUUAUACUUUGUACAAAAUAUAUAAAUAAGAAAUAUAUAUAUAUAUAUAUAUAUAUAUAUAUAUAUAUAUAUAUAUAUAUGAAACUCACAAGUGACAGCAGUAGCCUGAGAGGAGGACGGACAAGAAGAAUCGUAUUGAGCCAUCGUUUUGCUUUUUCCUAUACCUCGAUCAGGUUUGAAUGGCAACCGUUAUGGGAGGGUGGGCAGGGGGGGGGAUGUCACGUGGAUGCUCAACAUUGUGAUCUGGACAAUCUUGGACUCAAAAAGCCUCAGGACUUCUGGUCAUGUCUUAGACCUGGACCUGAGCCUCCUCUGUCUUUCAAGACUAGCUGACUGGUGAGAUGCCGGAGGUGGACUAUGUCUCCUGCACGCCUCGACUCAUUGCGUCAGGUCUUGCACUAGCUUUUUUGAAGUGUGUGAUUUUUCUGGAGUAGAACACAUCUGCAGGUGCUCAACUCAGGUCUUUGCCCAGUACCAACAAAUCCAACCAUGUCUUAUUCUGUUCGCACUGUGGGAGGACGUCCAAUAAUCAGCCUUUCAGUUGACGUAUUGCCAGGUCCGAGUUGGGCGAACUUGAUACGUACAAUCUGUGUUGUUGUGUUAGCUUUAAGCUACACUCAUCGCUGGAUGGUCUGAAAAAUCAGCAGGUGCAAGAGCAAUGUUUGUUGACCUAUUUCAAACAUUUGGCUUUCAUUGCAGUUGUGCAGGUGGCUGCAUCAUACACCGAUGGCUAGAGUAAGAGUUUUACCGCUGCAGCUUUCAAAAUGUGAUGCUGUGUGUUUGUCUGAGCUCUUUUCCUCACCACCUCACUUUACAUGUGAAGUUCCCGCACACCAUUUACACCUCCACACUCAGAAAUCCGUCUGCAUGACACACCGAGUUCUAGCUUUCUGAAAAACCUCAUAUCUACCUGUACAGGAAGUUACAACUUUAUACAGUAUUGAAAACAACAGCAACAAUGCAAAAUUACCUCCGUUUCCAUUCAUCAGACUUUCAGUUCAUUCAGUUGGAAACUUGAUGGUGGUGACAGUAUGUAGGACAGGUGCUUGAUGUUGCAACAGGUCCAUUAUUUGUUUUUCUUUGGCACUUAGCCUCAUGAUGGCAAAGCUGUGUUUCCUCACACAGAGUUGGUGUAUCUCUGAGGUGGAAUGUGAUGCUUGAUCACACAAGGAUAAGAAAAGCAACUUUUAAAUUUUACCCAAAAAUUUACAUAUUAUGCUCAAUUUCAAGUUUGCUGUGGUCUAAUUAGCCACACUAACUAGUUUGGCAAGCUAUUGUAAUUAAUGGGAUAGGCUAGCUUGAGUUCCUGUACUGUUCUGUGUUUUGUGUUGUUUUUUUGUCCCUAACAAUUGGCAAUCAAUUGGCAGUCAGUUGCAAAAUACAUCCAUAACAGUUGGUGAUGCCAAAUAACCAUAAAAGAAGUGAAUCUGUCUCUCUAGCUUUUAGUACUCCAUGAUGGAAUGACAGUCUGAUCAUUCUGAAAAGAGAGUGCCUCAAAAAAUUGGCUAAGGUAACCACAAACUGAGGGUACGUUAUGAGGAAGAACUUUCAGCUUAUGGUGAUAAAUGCAGCGGAGUCAUCAAACAACGCUCAAGCAACCAAGAAAUAUGGUGUAAGAGUGUAAUGUUUGAAGAUGUUCAGCCCAACAAGUUCCUCUUAACAACGUUAAAGGUGAAGAAAACUUUACCGUAGUCCUCAAAGCAGCAGUGUGUUGGUGUGUGGUUGAAAAAAUAAAUGAUGGGGCCCCUAUAAAAUGUCCUUUUAUUAGCAUUAUUUUCAAAAUACAGCAUUUUCUUCAUUUGAAAAAAAAAAUGUCUGGGGAAGGUCAUCUUGUAUUCAUUUUAUUUGGAACAAUACAAUAAGUGGUUUAGUCGGAACAAAUACUUCAAGGGAAAGUAUUUAUACAUGUGGCACUAAUAAUUAUAAACAGAUGUUAAGUAUCAUAACUACAAGGUUAUUUUAUUAUUCUUUUUAAGAACAUUGCUAUCUUUGGUAGUAGCUUAACAUCACCAGGUGCACACUUAUAUCUGCACAUAUUUGACCACAAACAAGCUCAGUAUGCUAACUGCCUUGGAGUUGCUAUAGCAGCUAGGUUAACCGAGCUAGCUUUGCUAGCUCAGCUGCUAGUUUGCCAAACCAGCUAAUACUCACACUUGUUAUACAAGUAACUCCAUUGAAAUUUCAAGCCUGUGUGACCCGUUCCUCCUCAGAAAGAAACACUCACUCUGCACUUCUGUCACCUUGAAAUAUUAGAUUCAUGUUGUGUUUAAUCUGCUUUACGCUCAGAUUCUG